CUCACUACGUUUUCACAGGACUCCGAAAACAUAUUUAGUGCAGCCCAUUUACUAGGAAUGAUGCCCUUCACGACGAAAUGAGGAGGAUCCUUCAAGAACAAGCUGAAUGUGAACCUUCAUUAAGUUAUCCACUAGCAAAACGAGCUGGAACUGUUGAAUGGCUCCUCCCAUUUUCAACUUCAUCGCUCAUAUCAUGUCCUGCUCAUGAUGCUAAUGUUAGAACUCUGUGGUGUUAAAAACACGUCAGCUGAUUCAGAUGACCUGGAUGAUUGACAUGAUGGAGUCUGCCCAUAUUAACAAAGAGGUCCCAGAAACAGCAGGGUCUUUCACCACCGAGACGUUAUCUGACUUAAAACCGCUCCACGAGAGGUCUGGAGGAUCAGAUCUCGAAGACAGCUAUGCGAAAGAAGAAGCCUGCGAAGACCUGCGCAUUAUUGUGAAGGAAGAGGAGCAGGAGCUGGAGAUAAAUGGGGAUAAAGGGGAAGCCGAAAAGCCCCGUCUGUUAGUGGACAGUGGAGAAAGAGUGUCUUUGUCCUCAACGGCUGUGGUUUCUCUGGACUGUGAUCCCCGUUCCUGUUCGAAUUCCGGGAAGAAGAAAAAGAUCCAUCAUUGCACUGAAUGCGGAAAGUCCUUCAAGUUCAAGGGGAUUCUCGAGGAGCACCAGAAGACUCACACAGGCCAGAAGCCCUUCCGCUGCACUGCAUGUGGUAAGACUUUCAGCACAGAGAGGUACCUCCAGCACCAUUCCCGCUACCACACAGGGGAGAAACCGUACCUGUGCCAGGACUGCGGAAAAGGUUUCUGCCACCUGAAAGACUUGAACAUUCAUCGGAAAACUCACUCCGGAGAGAAACCGCACCGCUGCGGAGACUGUGGGAAGAGCUUCGGCCACUUAAUGUACCUGAAGAGGCACCGGCGAAGUCACACCGGCGAGAGGCCGUUCACCUGCAAGGUGUGCCGGAAGACUUUCGGCUGGUAUGUAAGCAUGGUCAAGCACCAGCGCACUCACACGGGGGAGAAGCCCUACCAGUGUAACCUGUGUGGCAACAAGUUCACCGAGAAGCAGAGCCUGACCACUCACCUCCAGCUCCACACCGGAGAGAAGCCGCACGUCUGCAGCUACUGCGGCAAGAGCUUCGGUCUGGUGCACCACCUGCGGCGGCACGAGAACAUUCACAAGGGGGCCAAGCCGUACCUGUGCCAGGUCUGUGACAGGGGCUUCAACCAGCCCGGGAACCUGAAGUCUCACCUGCGCACUCACACGGGGGAGAAGCCAUUCAGGUGUGACCAGUGCGGGAAGAGCUUCACUCACAGGGUGAGCCUGAAGAACCACCUGCAGAGCCACUCGGGGGGGAAAUCCUAGUUCCUCUGCCGGUGUGGGAAGGGGGAGAAGAGAAAUCGGAGCAGGAGAUUCUGCUGCUUGGAAAAUCUGGUAUCCCACAAUGUGGAGAGCACGGGAUGAAUUUAGCAGGUGUUCGACUUUUCAGAUUUACUAUUGUGAUGGCAACUCCUUUCAGGAGGAAAGCUCAGUGCUCAGUGCUGUUUGGAUGCCAGACUCCGGGAUUGGCUUUGUCAUUAAACGUUUGUGGAUGUGAGCUUUUUUUUGUGUGCUAAAUAUGCAGUGUCUAUGCUUUGCAUUGCUGUCAAGACAAUGACAUUAGUGUUAGUGAGGUCGUUACAUUGUCAUAGGCUUGACUUUUGCAGAAGUUAAGACGAAGGUACCCUUUAAAUGACAUGAGGUUAGUGGUGUUUCACCUAGUAUGCUAGGUGUGUCAAGGCACUUUUAAUUUUAUUUUUUUCAAUCCAGGUAAAGAAUAGCAAGAGUGGAAAAUCUAGCCCCAUUAAAUGCAUGAUUAAUGUCCAUGUUGCAUAUUAACGGGAGUUUUCCAGUUCAAAUCCUUUAUGAUUCCAGCCACAGGGCCAUAUAAACCCAUCAAUCAAACAGAUUCUGUGAGCUGUGUAAACUGCAGGUAGCAAUUUAAUGACUCUUGUUAUUGCAGUGCAAUUCAGCUGUUGUGCUAGUAUGGAUAUCUUUGAUAUUAUAGCAUCUUCAAUUACACAGUAAUAUAUACAUUUAUACAAAUCCCUGAAUUUCUUCUGAAGUUCCUUAACCUUUGUGCCUGUUCUUAAACAGGCAGUUGAAUCUGCAACACUACUUGUGAAGUUGUUUUUCAGGUAAGAUGGGUGAACAAAUCAAGAUUGGAUGAAUAAAUGUGAUUUCUCCUCAUACUGAGGACAGUUCCACAUUUUAUUAUUAGUAUAAAAUGCAUGACCUUGUCCACUAAAGUGGUAAUGUGCCACAGAAAAGAUAUUUGGCAUUUUCAUGUAAUUAACUGGGCGUUAUUAAUAGCAUCCUUCAUCAAGAUGGCAUCAUUUUUAAUAAAACCUAAAUCAUU